CCAUAGCUCCCUGUAUUAAUACUUCUACUUCCCCCAUUACAUACUAAAAGUUCCAUAAAAAUUUAAUGGCCAAAGUUGGGAAGCUGACGAAGCUGAAGUCAGCCAUAAAAAGGUGGCCGUCCUUCACUAAGCUCAGCCGGAGCACUAGUACAGCCGCCAUCGCUGCCGCAGACUCUGAGCCGAAGGAAGUGCUGCAUGCAGUUUAUGUAGGGAAGUCACGGCGGAGAUACCUUGUGGGGUCUGAUGUCAUCUGCCACCCUCUGUUCCAAGAGCUGGUGGAUCGGUCCUGCAGUGAUGGUGAAGUGGUGGUUUCGUGCGAGGUGGUGUUGUUCGAGCACCUGCUGUGGAUGCUGGAGAAUGAUGGUGCUCAGUUGGGAUCCAUGGAGGAGCUGGUUGACUUCUACACUUGCUAAUUAACGAGCGGGGCGAAAUUUCCAGGAAUCAAUUGUGUAUAAAGGUUAAUUAGUGGAUUAAUUAAAUGUUCUAAGGGAAAAAUUGUUUUUGCGUGUCAUUUUUGGGAAAGUGAGAAUUAACGGUUUUGAUUUUUAUGAUGGCAUAUGUGAAUGUGAGUGAUGUUCGAGACCUUUGAUUAGGAUAUCUUUCUUUUUCUCCAAAUAUAUAUGGAUAUUGAGA